AUGCGUUACGCCGCUGCUUCCAUUGUGGCAUUUGCCAGCCUUGCUGCCGCCAACCCCGUAGGCUACGACUACAACAACUACGGUGGCGGGUACAAUGUUUACCCCACUGGAGGCAAGCCAUCCUCGUCCACUCCUGCUGGUUACGAAGUACCAAAGCCCUCUUCGAGCUCGGCUCAGUCAUCUUCCGCCAGCUCCACGCCCGUUGCUUCUUCGUCGCAGCCAAGCUACCCCCAGUACCCGGCCUCAUCUCAGCCAAGCUACCCUCAGUAUCCGGCCUCAUCUCAGCCAAGCUACCCUCAGUAUCCAACCUCAUCGCAACCCAGCUAUCCUCAGUACCCGACCUCGUCGCAGCCAAGCUAUCCCCAUUACCCUGCAUCAUCAAGCUCCACAGGAGGAUAUCCCGUUACCUCUUCAAGUGCCCCAGUACCUUCGGGUCAUUCCUCUUCCACUUCGAGCUCUGCUGGUUACGCAAUUUACACUCCCAGCAGCGGAGUGCCUCACGGAACUGGAUACACAACCUCUACACCUGCUGGCUACACCGCUAAGUCCUCUUCAAGCUCUGCGUUUUAUCCUCUCUACACACCAUCCAGUGAGCUUCCGCAUGGGACGGGCUACACCCCGAUCAUCCCUCCUUACGGCACGGGCUAUUCGUCAAUUGUGCCUUCACCUUCGACGACCAAGGAUGUCACGACAUACACCACCACAACAGUAUGCCCUGUAACCCAGACUUCUGGCACUCAAGUUAUCACAAGCUACACUACCUCCGUCGUGACCGUCACUUCGUGCAAGAAGGGCUGCCAUCCAGAAACUGCUUCAGCUUCCUCCACACCAGCGGCAUACGAAUCUCAGCCUCCCCAUGAUGUCACCAAGACCAUAACAACCUCUACAUAUGCCUGGGUACCUUGCAGCACGCCCGUUGGGCAGAGCGGUUACAACACCAUCUACAGCACUUACUUGACUGCCAGCUGGACGACCAAGACUGUCGUGACAACGAUCCACGCAUCUACUACGCCCGCUGUGCCUGUCUACCCUGCAACUGCGACUCCCAAUGUCCCCCAGGGAAGUGCUGAUACCCCCAAGCCCCAGCAACCCACACAGACUCCCACUGUGCCUGCUCCCGGUGUUCCCACUAUCCCCAACGUUCCUAACGUUCCCGCGACUUGCCCUGCCCCCGCGACUGUAACCGUUUACGUCACAGCUGAGGCUUCUGUCCCUUCUGGUUACGCUACCAAGAUCAUCACCGUGACCGAGGGAGGAAAGCCGCAAACAUAUACCGUGACUGAGAUUGUCCCCGCUCCCACAGGACCCAGCUACCCUGAAGGUCCCAAGCCCUCGCAGCCAGGAACUCCCCAGAACUCUGCUCCCUACCCCACCACGAAGCCAGGCCAUCCGUCUCCUUCAUCCGUCGUGCCAUCGGGAGCUUAUUCGAUGAGCAGCCCUUCUCCCUCGGGCUACUCCAUCCACACACCUCCCGUUUACUCUUCUGUUAAGCCCUCCGGUUACAGCGUGAACACUCCUUCGCCAUCUUCCUCCGCGAAGCCGUCUUCUUCUUCUGCCCCGGCCUAUCCAGUAUACACGCCGUCUUCAAAGGUUGAGUCUUCCUCAUCGAAGCCAACUCCCGUCCCCACUGGUGGAUACCCUAGCUACGGCUACGGUAACUGAGCCAGCUCUCGCGUAAAUACUUUCACGCUUCUCUGAAGCGAUUCAUUCCUUAGGCUUGCAUAGCCGCGGCGUUUAAGCUUGGGUUUUCUUAUUUGCUGGGAUAG